AAUACCACAACGAUCCAUUUUCAGGCAAGAAAUCUGAUGUACCCGAGUGCCAAUCUCCGACUCUGCGUACAGAAUUAGGGUUUUGGUUUUAUAGGAUAUUCAAGUCUUAGCUCUUUUUCUUGUUUUUGGCUUUACGUCAAGAUGGAUGAUUACCAGGAGAUGGAGAGGUUCGGGACGGAGAACGACUUCGACGACGGGCAAUGGAUCGGCGGCGAGUUCUACUACAGGAAGCGCAAGGAGAAGCGCACUCAGACCAAAGACGACGUACUCUACGGCGUCUUCGCUGACUCCGCCUCCGAUUCCGAUGGCGAUUACUCCACCAAAAAGCGUCGUAAGGAUCCCAAUCUUUACAAGAAGGCCGACCUCUCCAAGCCCGUCAAUUUCAUUUCCACCGGGACCGUAUUGCCCACAGAGGAAAUCGAUCAGAAUUCCAAGAAAGAAAACAACGAAGAUUAUGAGAACGACGACGACAAACCUGGGUUGGGGCUCGGGUUCGAUUCCUCUAGCUCUGGGCUGGGUCUAGGGUUCAAUUCGAGUUCUAACGGGGUUCGUAAGAAUGAAGAGUACGGUAAUGGUAACAAGGGUAAUAGUGGAGGUGAAGAUGAUGACGAUGACAUUUUUUUGCCAUCGGCGUUUGGAAAGAAGAUUAAGGAAGGGGCUAUGAGGAGGGAGAAGGAGAGAGCGGAGAAGUCGAAAGUGGAUAAGGGUAAGAGAGUGAAAGAUCAAGGGUUUGUAAGUGGGAGCGAUGUUGGUGGGUUUGAGAAGCACACGAAGGGGAUUGGGAUGAAGUUGUUGGAGAAAAUGGGGUACAAGGGCGGUGGGCUUGGGAAGAAUGCGCAAGGGAUUGUGGCCCCAAUUGAGGCGAAGUUGCGGCCUAAGAAUAUGGGCAUGGGGUUCAACGAUUAUAAGGAGACGAAGAAGUUGCCGCCGGCGUUGAAGGAGCUCGAGGAGAAGAAGGGUUCGGGGGGUGUGACUGAGAAUGUGGGGAGAGUGAAGGAGAGGCGGUGGUCGAAGCAGGCCAGGAAGAAGAAGGAGGAGUAUGUGACUGCCAAAGAGUUGUUGGAAAGGAAGGCGGAGCAGGGGUUCGGUGAAGUGGUUCAGAAGGUUUAUGAUAUGAGGGGUCCGCAGGUCCGGGUGCUUACUAAUUUGGAGAAUUUGAAUGCAGAGGAGAAGGCGAGGGAGGAAGACGUGCCGAUGCCGGAGCUUCAGCACAAUUUGAGGUUAGUUGUGGACUUAGCGGAGCUCGAAAUUGAGAAGAUUGACAGGGACUUGAGGCACGAGAAGGAGGCGGUGGAGAUGCUGAGCAAGCAGAAGGAGAAGUUUGUUGUUGAGGCCGAGAGGCAGAAGCAGCAGUUGGGUAGUAUGGAGGAGAUAUUGGGCGUGUUGGACCGUUUAGGAGAUGAGAAUUCGAUGGGAAAGUUGACGUUGGACUCGCUUGCGAAGUGUUUCGGGGAUUUACAGAGAAAAUUUCCUGAUGAUUAUAAGUUAUGUAACUUGUCCUGCAUUGCAUGCUCAUAUGCUUUGCCUUUGUUUAUUAGAGUGUUUCAGGGAUGGGACCCUCUUCAGAAUCCCUUUCACGGGUUGGAGGUUGUGUCUUUGUGGAAGACUUUGCUUCAGGGUGAAAAUUCUCACGAUAUCUGGGAUACUGGUUCGUCGCCUUAUGCCCAAUUGGUAUCUGAAGUUGUGUUACCGGCUGUGAGAAUUUCUGGCGUCAAUACUUGGCAGGCCAGAGACCCGGAACCGAUGCUACGGUUUUUGGAUUCCUGGGAAAAGUUGUUACCUCCUUCGGUUCUCCAAUAUAUCUUAGAUAACAUUGUGAUGCCGAAAUUGAGUAGUGCUGUGGGUUCUUGGGAACCACUGCGGGAAACUGUUCCGAUCCACAUUUGGAUGCAUCCAUGGUUACCGUAUUUGGGACACAAAUUGGAGGGUAUGUAUCAGACGAUACGUGUCAAGUUGAGUCAAAUUCUUGGUGCUUGGCAUCCGAGUGAUGUGUCUGCGUAUACUAUAUUGUCGCCUUGGAGGACUGUGUUUGAUUCAGUGAGUUGGGAUCAGCUUAUGCGUAGAUUUAUAGUUCCUAAGUUGCAGCUUGUUCUUCAGGAAUUCCAAGUAAACCCGUCAAUUCAGAAGCUUGAUGAAUUUUAUUGGGUUAUGAACUGGGCUUCUGAUGUACCAAUUCAUCUUAUGGUUGAUAUGAUGGAGAAGUUAUUUUUUCCCAAGUGGCUACAGGUCUUAUAUCACUGGUUACAGUCGAACCCAAACUUUGAGGAGAUUACAAAAUGGUACCUGGGCUGGAAGGAACUUCUUCCAAAGGAGCUGCUGGCCAAUGAAAGUAUCCGGUAUCAGCUUAACCUUGGUCUUGAGAUGAUGAACCAGGCUGUAGAAGGUUUGGAGGUGGUCCAACCUGGUCUGAAAGAGAAUAUCAGCUACUUUAGGGUACUUGAGCAGAGGCAAUUUGAGGCUCAGCAGAAAGCAGCGGCACAGCAAGCAGCUGCAAGCCUCAGUGGUGUUACAAAUAUGGAUGGUAUGGGUGGUGCCGUUGACAUGAGCUUGAAAGAAGUUAUUGAGGCGCAUGCCCAACAGCAUGGAUUACUAUUUAAGCCUAAACCUGGCAGGAUGCACAAUGGUCACCAGAUAUAUGGUUUCGGUAAUGUAAGCAUUAUAAUGGACUCUUUGAAUCAAAAGGUGUAUUCCCAAACCGAUGAAGCGUGGUCCCUUGUAUCCCUUCAAGAUUUGCUGGACAAGCACAAUAGUUUUCUUACAAAGAGACGCUGAGUUGUAGAGUGCCCUACAAAAAGUUGUUAGGUUGUGAAGAAACUCUGUGCUGAGGUGGAACGGUGUUUCUGAUUUGUAGGCCUUAUUCAUUAUGCAUAGAUUCAGGACUCAAAAGGUUAGCUUGUCCUGAUUCUUCCAGCUUGUGGUGGCUAGAAUUUUUGUUGUACGAAUUGAAAUGGCAAGUCUAAUUUUCCUUGACACCAGCAUAGAUUUUCUCUCUGUUUUUUUUUUUUUUUGGAAAAGCGACUUUAACAUAGGUUUUCAUUUCGCUUUUCUCCGGUUUUCUGGUCUUGUAAAUAUGGAUCUUCUUCGUGUUAACGAUAUUGGGUCUUAAGGUAGCUUGUUUAAUGGAUAGUAGAUACAUUCAUUGAAA